AAAUUGGAAUCUCCAAAGAAGAGGCACUGGAAGUGUUACAGGUUGUGAGGCAGCAAUGUCCCGGGGAUGCAGCAAGAACUGCUGGGGGAUCAGGUGCCACCAGAAAGUGCACAGCACUGGAACUUCUGGAAGAAGAACAAGCCCAGGGCUUCAUCAUCACUUUUUGUUCAGCAUUGGACAAUAUUUUGGGAGGUGGUGUGCAACUAACAAAAAUCACCGAGAUCUGUGGAGCUCCUGGUGUUGGGAAAACACAGCUAUGUAUGCAGUUGGCGGUGGAUGUGCAGAUCCCAGAAUGUUUUGGAGGCGUAGCUGGAGAAGCCGUGUUCAUUGAUACCGAAGGAAGUUUUAUGGUAGACAGAGUAGUGGAUAUUGCCACUGCCUGUGUGCAGCAUUGCCAGCUUAUUGCUGAAGCUCAUCAAGAAGAAGAUCAUGUAAAAGCUUUGGAGACUUUCUCUCUUGAAAAUAUCCUUUCUCACAUAUAUUACUUCCGUUGCCGUGACUACGUGGAGCUUCUUGCACAGGUCUACCUCCUCCCAGACUUUCUUUCAGAGCAUUCAAAGGUCCGACUGGUGGUGAUUGAUGGCAUUGCAUUUCCUUUUCGCCACGACUUCGAGGACCUCUCGCUUCGCACGAGGCUUUUGAACGGUUUGGCACAACAGCUGAUCAUUCUGGCAAACGAUCAUAAAUCGGCGGUAGUUUUGACAAACCAAAUGACAACAAGGAUUGGACAAAGCCAGUCCACAUUGGUACCUGCUUUAGGAGAAAGCUGGGGACAUGCCGCUACUGUCCGUUUAAUCUUUCACUGGGACAACAGUCAGAGGUUGGCAACGUUGUACAAAUCACCGAGUCAGAAGGAGUCAACCAUACCCUAUCACAUCACAUCUCAUGGCUUCCGAGAUGUGCAGCCUCCAGCUGUCACUCAAAAUGCAGAAGAUUCCGAAAUGAACCCUCGCAAACGGCCACGGAGAGAAGAGGAAAAGUAACAGCAAUUCCAAAGUUGAAAGUUAAAAACAUGUGUGCUACCUGAGAACUGUUGCAUAGGGAAGGUGCAACCAAAGGUAGCCUAAGAGACUCUAACUUAAAUUCCUGCUCUGGACAUUAUUUUAAGAUUAAGAGUGCGAUAUGA